AUGGGAGCAUACAGAGAUCGCGUGGACGCCGGUUUCAGGACGAGACAGGAACUCCGAGAGUUCUUCACUGAGAUGGAGGAGACAGUGUCUGCGUUCCACGCCAUCUGCGAAGACGGCCUGCAAGUCUUCUCCGAGAAGUACUGCGCACGCUGUACCCCUCCGGCUGUCUACGAGUACGGCAUGCUGCACGAGCAAGAAUACAUUAUCCGCUAUUACGGCUGCGAAAUUCCGUUCUACAUGCUCCGCGAGCUGGUGGACACAUACGAAUUCGACGGCGCCUAUCUGCUGCGCCUGAAGACGCAAAUCAAAGCAGAAAAUCUCCGGGAACGCUGCCGGAAAGACAACGGAACGCCGGAAACCGUCCUCGCGCGCCGACAGGCGCGUUACUUAGCCCACCGCCGAACUCAGACAGAUGUCAAGGACCGCAUCGGCGCUGCGCAAGAACGUCAAACGAAGGCCAUCGUCAAUCUCGUAGAAUUCUUGAAAGCGGACUAA